AUGGCUUCAGGAGUUGUCCAUUGCCAUAACGGUGAAGUUCCUCAGUCGAUCUCCUUCUCUGGGUCUGGAUUCAUGGCCACCUACCAGUUAGGGGUGGCCCAGUGUUUCCAUAACUAUGUUCCCUGGAUUCUGCGCACAGCUCCGUAUGUUCUCGGUGCGUCGGCUGGAUCUCUGGUGGCAGCUGCUGUGGUCUGUGAGAUGAGCCCAAUCACCAUUCGGGAUGAGAUGAUCCACUUUGCCAAACAGAUGAAGGCUUUCCCACUCGGGCCAUUCAACCCCUCAGUCAACGUGUUCCACUGGUUGGAGAGUAUUUUAAACAAGUACCUUCCCCCCGAUGCACACCACUUGGCCAGCGGUCGUCUCGCUGUGGCUAUGACCCGUCUGAGUGAUGGCAAGCACAUAGUGACGACUGAGUUUCAGUCUAAAGAGGAUGUCGUACAGGCCCUGCUUUGCAGCUGCUAUGUGCCUGGGUACUGCGGAAUUUCGCCUCCAUCCUUCAAAGGAGAAUAUUAUGUCGAUGGCGGUUUCAGUGGCAUGCAGCCUGUACCGCCUGUGUCCUGCAGCCACACGUUGACAGUGUCACCGUUCUCCGGAGAGACCGACAUCUGCCCCUCGGACACGCCGUGCAUUUGGGACAUGGUGGUGAGCGGAACCACGCUGAAGGGCAACAUGGCCAACAGCUUCAGGGUCCUCAACGCUCUUUACCCCAUUGCUUUAGAGACGCUGGAUCAAGCAUACUACAGCGGCUACAAAGACACCAUCGAUUUUCUUCUGCGCAAUGAUCUUGCCCCAUAUUUAACGAUGAAAAAAUUAUCCCGGGGGCCAUUUAGCUGCAACCAGGGUAAAGUGUGGAUGCAUCUGGACACCACCACAGAGGAAGAGGAGGAGAUGAAGGUGGAGCAGGAUAAAGCCACACUGAUGUCUUUUACAGACAACAGACAUACACAGAUGGGCCCUGCCAAAGUCCACAGUAAGAGAUUGCAGACGCUGCACAGCUUCACUCCAGGGUUGUUUUUCUGGGCCUGGCAUUGCUUGAGACAUUUUUUCUUCUUCUUUUUCAACACAGUUGUUUGUAGCCUCAAGAAGAACACCAAGGACAGGAUUAUGCCCAUCAUCUUGUUGUUGCGGUGGCUGAAAAUCCAGGCCGUGUUUGAGGAUGUACGACAGACUCGCUCAUCGACCUGCAAUAACUCUUCUGUCCAAUCAGAUAAUAUCAAGCGUGGGUGUUCACCCAGGCAGCUCAUCACUCCGUCACGGCAUUUCAAGGAAACAAAAUAAAAAUCAAAACUUUAUUCUUUGUACCAGCGAUCACAAUGACUUCUACAUCGAAAAAUAAUCCAAGGCUGAGUUUGAAAAAUGUCUUUGUUUCAUCUAAGUUGGUGAAAAUUCUGCUGUUGUUUUUCAUACUUUUUCGUUGUAUCAGUGGCAAGCCAGACUUCACCAAGGCCUGGCUGCACUUGUAUUCUUUUAUUUUACACUCAACACUGUACUGCAUAUGUGUUCAUAUUAUUACAGCACAUCAAGCAAACCAAACACUUCCAAUUAACAAGCAACACAAGACUCAGUACCAGUUAACCAGUGUUUAGUCUGAAAGUGACUGUGUUUACCUUCUUAGGUCACUGUUACAAGUUUCGCUGCAGGGAACGAAUUUACUGUUUCUAAUUAAAUUAGCAUUUAAAAGAUGGCAGCCAGUCCUGUGACGUGCUAUUUGAACACUGCACCCUUUCACUCCGUGUCCCCUUGAGUGGUGAGCAUUCGCCUUAAACUCUCACAGAUCCACUGUUAAGCUUCUUGCAUGAGCUUAUUUCCUACAUGGCUUCAGGAAAUUCUAUGAAUCCUGAGAAAUGAAAUUGAUGUAAUUAGUAACCGUGUGCUGUGACACACAAAUCCUCGACUUCA